CAAGCUUUUUUGGUUGUUCGGCUGAAUGCUCCUUCUGUUUUUCGAACUUGCUGCCGAUAGAGUGACCUCGAGGGACUUUCGGGCUGUCUUUUACCUGUCAAUGAGGCUGCACUCGAAUCUUCCUAAUCUUUUCACUCUCCAGAAUGCGAAACAAAGUACAAUUUUAAUUGCACUGAAAAUCUCGUUGGAUACAGAUACAUAAAAAACUUGUCUGGGCUCAUCUUUUUAAAUGUAUGAGCAUUCUUACCAGGUUUUAAUCAGGUCUACUAUUCUUUAGAUGCAUAUGUUUUCUGGAAUAUUAUUUGUCAUUGUUAAAAAAAUAACUAUGUUGUCUUCUGUUAUCAAAUUAUUCAUCGCUAUCAACGUCAUCAUUUGCUCCCAGCUUUCCUUUGCUGAAGUGAACAAAAUAGAUACUCGAGUGGUUACCAUGGGCGUGGUCCUCGAAGGUCAUGUCAUCAAUGAAGAUCUUCUUCACGACUCGUUCACACGCGUUGCCAAAGAUUUCAAAGGACUGCGAUUGGACAAGAAAAUCAUCCGAUCUAACCUAUACGACACAUAUGGCAUCAUCCGACAAGUUUGUCACGAGAUGAAAGUGUCCCAUGUUGGGUUUCUCGUAUCAAUGACUACAUGCACGACUUACUCCGCUCUUGCCUCGUUGGCUGACGAGAAGAAUAUCAUCCAUAUUGCACUGGACUCAGACAGGUGUCCAAAGUACGACACUCAACCGAAUCCAAUUUCUCAAUUCAGCUUCCCUUUCCGCAUCAACACCACUGACACUGUGGACACCAUUCUGGCAGAGGUUAUCCGGGCUGAGCAGUGGCCUAAUGUAGUGCUCCUAUACGACGAGACAUUCGCCCGCAAACGAGCGCUCAACAUCAAACAAAGGAUCCAAGAUUACUCCAAAGACAUCCGGUUCCACGAAGUGAAGAUGUUUUUCCAAACUGGAGAUCACAGAAAAACAUCAGCUUCUUCACAGGUGGACUUUCUCGGGCGUCGCUUUGAUGACAUCAUCGAGGACGGGGAGUUCUUCAAUUUCAUCAUCCUCGCCUGCAGAGUCAACACUGGCAAGAUACUAGCACUAGCCGAACAGAGACAGGUCAAAGGAAAAGCGUACAAUUGGAUAGUCGCCAACCAAGAAUUGAGAACAUCGGAUCUGAAGAUAAAACGAAACGAGACGAGAACCCUCUUGAUUUCUCGCAAACGCCGCUACGUCACUGAUUUUGACACGGAGGAACCGUACCCUCCGACAAGCACCGUGUGGCCCCUAGACCGAAGCAUAGAGUACUUCGAAGACGUUUUCAGACUCUUCGCAAUGACUGUAAACGCAACGGGAAAUAAGAUAAACUUCGGCGAACUUCAGGCAGUUUCAUGUUUUGAUCCCGAUGACUAUAUUACGACGUUUAGAAGUGGGAGGAAGUUGAGCCUUGUUUUGAGACAGACUUCGAGCUUCGCUGGAGCAACAGGGUUUAUUGAGCUGAAUGCACGGACAAACUCUUUCAUCGACCACCUGUCUCUGAACCUAUUCAGAAGCAGCUACCCGAUUGGUCGGUCCGAUAAUUCAGCUAGCCAAUCACGAUCUUGGAACAGGAGCUCAGCCAAUAGGAAUGCAGGAGCGAGUACUCUCACUUGGCAGCUUGUGGGUAGAAAGUGGUAUGGCUAUGCGUUGAAUUUGUCGACUGAGAAACCGUUUGAAGUCAGUUUCAAGAAUCUUGCCGACGCUACUUUGCGAAUUGUGACAAUUGAGGAGCAUCCAUUUGUCAUUAAAAAGGUGAGUCAAGAUGGGAAGGUGCAUUACGAGGGAUGUUGCAUUGACAUCCUCAGAGCCAUUCAGAAGGACCUCAAAGAGGAGACAUUCCGAUAUGAGAUAUAUGAGGUGGCCGAUAACCAGUACGGCACCCUGGACAACCAGGGGAGUGGCGGUGGGGGAGGGGGAAGAUGGACUGGGCUGGUGGGUGAUGUAUUAUACAAGAGGGCAGACAUGGCAGUAGCAGGCAUGAUCAGGAACUACGACAGGGAACUGGUCGUCGACUUCACGGCUUCAUAUAUGGACUACGGAGUGUCAAUUCUGAUCCCUCGGCCGAAAAAGACGACCAGCAUCUUUGGAUUCCUCGAACCACUCACAGUGCAGGUGUGGAUCUGUAUAUCUGUGGCCACUUUCGGGGUGGGUCUGAUGCUGUUCGUUCUCUCUCGUCUCUCCCCCUUCUCACGAUUCAACAUACUCGGCACAGACGAGUUCAGCUUCAACAACUCCAUGUGGUUCGCCCUAGCAUCACUCAUGCAACAGGGUGGGGAUGCCACACCGCUCUCCAUCUCUGGUCGUAUUCUGGGAACAUUCUGGUGGUUCUUCACACUCAUCAUCAUCGCCACCUACACAGCCAAUCUGGCCGCGUUCCUGACAGUGACCAGAAUGGAGACCCCAAUUGAGAGUCUGGAGGACUUGGCAGAGCAGACCAAAGUACCCUAUGGGACUGUGAGUCCCAGCAGUCUGGCCGAGUUCUUCCGCAGCCAGGCGAGUGUGGACUCCCUGUAUGAGAAGAUCUGGAACUACAUGGACUCUGCUGAACCCUCCCCCAUGGUCAAGGACGAGGUCGAGGGGUUCAACAGAGUACUCGAAGGAAAUUACGCGUUCUUGUGGGACGACCCGGUGUUGCAGUACCAGCGCAAACUGCACUGUCAACACCUAACAACAGUCGGGAAGCCGUUCAAUAGGAAGAACUACGCGUUCGCCGUACCUAAGGGCACUGCAUUUCUGGAGACGAUCACGAUGAGCAUUUUGAGACUACAGGAGUCGGGGGAGCUGGACAAGAUCAAACAGAAGUGGUUCGAAGGAGAGACCACCUGCUCAGACGAUGACUCAAUUGGCAGUGGUAAAGAGGCGGAGGGCAUUGCGAUCAAAAACGUGGCAGGCGUCUUUUAUAUUCUGGGCAUGGGUGCCGGUCUGUCUUUCUUCACGGCUGUGGUGGAACUGCUCUGGCACAAGUACCUCACAGCAGCUGCUGCCACAGCCAAUUCAGCUACCAACACAGAGGCCAGAAAAGGAUAGAAAGAGAGAGAGAGAGAGAGAGAGAGAGAGCGAGAGAGAAACUGGAUUAAAAACAGACGCAGGGGCGGAUUUGGGAUUUUUCUAAUUUUCUUGGACACCCAAAUAA